ACCCAGUGGAGUGUGGUUUGGUUUAGGAGGGUCAAGAGGGACAGAGAAGUGUCUGUAGAUGAUGAAUUGCAACGGGUAUCCUCUGGGAGGGCCAGCACCUCCUUAUAAUUAAUUUAUAGGAAGGGAACGGUGCUCUGGACUAAUGUCCUCACCCUUGAAUUGCAGGAGUCCCUUUUCAGAGUCCCACUUCAGGUCCAGUCCAAGGCCCUGCAGAAGGCAGUAGAAAGAAUUCCCAAGGCAGCAGGGCUGGCCCUGCUCUGGCAGCAGGUGGAUGUGUCAGCUCCCUUCAGUGACAUCAGCCUGGUCUGCCUCCUUCAAUUAAUUUGUUCCCUAAAAGAUGAGAACAAAAGCCAAAAGUCUUCUGGCCAACCUCCUUGCACACAAAAAAAGCCCACAAACAUGGAGUUUCAUUUUUUCAAGUCCCUCUGUUAAAUACAGUCCUAUUUGUGACUUUGGGCACCUUACUGUCUGGGCACAGAGUACCAUAAAGGCUCCUUCUGAAAACACACCAUUAGCAAGCCCUGCACCAAACCCAGGUUCACAGUAGCUCAUGAUGCAGUUUAACUGCAGUUCGUUAGAGAGAUUGCAAUCUAUUUCCUACUGGCACAGCUUUGAGCGGUUGCUCACAGAGCUCUUCCUCCCCCCUGGUUUUUACAGUGCUCUUUUCUUACAGUUAGUUUCACAGAGAGGCUGUGUUUGUAGGCCCAUGUGCAUGACGUGGCUGCCCCCGUACAAAGCAGCUCUGUGUAUCUGUGGGGGUGCCCAGUGGCCCCGUGCCCCAGUCCCACGCAGCACAGAGGGGGCAUGGGUGGCUGCAGCCUUCGUGGUGACAGUCUCAGGGACCUGUCCUGCCAGCCAGGGGCUGUGGCAAGUCAAAUGUGUCACCUCUCCUCCUCCUCACUGUGCUGGGUACUAUGGGAUAUUGUAAGGGGUUGGGAUGUUGAGCAGUGCUGUAUGGCCGUGACAACCCUACACAGUCUCCAGGCAGACCUGGAGUCUCUGCCUGGCUCUGAUAUGACAGUGCCACACCAGCAUUCCAUGUGAGCACAGGGUCUCUCCACUCCACAUGCUUUCUGGUAGAGCAGGACCUUCACAACACAUCAUACCUCUGGGUACAACACCAUUUCUUGCAUCAAGGUGUAGCACUGAUCCCUGCAGCUCCCCAGGUGACCCCAGCACAGCAGUUGCAGCCCCAUGAGACCCUCAGGCAGAGGGAGGAACCAGGAGUGUGCAACUGGGAAGGAAAUGGGCUGGGUGGAAAUGUGCUGAUGGGAGGCAGCACUAUCCUUCAUCAGCCCAUUAGCUCAACCUUUUCCCUGAUUAGUGUUGGGAUUGGUGCCAUGCCACACCUAUGCCAGGAGGAAAAAAGCCACCUCCACACAACCUCAGCUUUGUCAGAAGGGCUCUAUGACCCUAGGAGGCAUGCGGGGGUGACCGUGCCAUCACCUCUCACCAGCUCUAGGGCUGCACCAAUUUUCUUUAAAAGCAACUCAUCAGAACGUCGCUUCUGCUCUGAACAGCCUAGUUCCUGUGCAGCAGAAUUAAUGCUACGAGGACAGGCGUGGAGGGAAAGUCAGGUUCCAGUGUCAGCACUGCCUUUGGUCGGCUGCCAAGCUGUGAGCAGCCAGGCCUGUCCCAUCCUUCAGGAGCAGCAACCUGCCUGAGUCAGCAGCAGGCGUGCAGUGUUGGGGAUGUGCACCAGCACCUCACCCGAAGGAUAAACUCCUGUAAAAAGGUUGCAGGGAGGCCCUCGCUACAAGAAAGACAUCGAAGCCCUGGAGCACGUCCAGAGAAUGGCAAGGCAGCUGUGAAGGGUCUGGAGCACAAAUCUUACAAGCGGCUGAGGGAACUGGGAUUUAGUCUGGAAGAAGCUCAGGAGAGACUGUAUAGCUCUCUGUAACUCCCCGACAGCAGUGCCAGGCCUGUUCUUAAUUGCGGUUACAUCUCAUUAAUGAGGGGCAUCAUCGACCACAGCAGGAACGGAGCCUGUGCUUUAAAACACAACACCACUGAUCCCAUCAGUCAGCACUGUGGUUUACCCAAGGCAUGAGGGCGUAAGCUCAGCCCAGUCUAAGACCUUUAAGCACAGUAUAAGAGCAGAAAGAGAGGGAGGUGCUGGGGAGCGGCAGGGAAGCCCCACAGCUCCCCACGCCAGGCGCCCACCCCACCGCCAUUUUGCGCCUCCACCCCUCCCUCUUUACUUCGCGCGCCCCGCGGGCAGCGCCUACAUUUCCCACGAUGCCCCGCGCCUUCACGCGAGAAGGAGAUGUGCGUCCUGAACCCGCCAGGGGGCGCCGUGCGACAGAGAGGGGCGGGGCGGGCUUGGGGCCGUUGCCGUGGUGACGCGGUACUCACUUCCGGGCGGCUCCGAUUGGCUGCGGGGCGCUGGGAAUGCGGUGGCGUCAGGGCGGGCGCGGUGACGUGAGGCUGCGGGGCGCAGCGGCGGCGGCAGAGGCAGAGCUGCGGGACGGGAGCGGGGCCGUCACGGGAGAUCACUUUGGUCCCCAGCUCUCCAUGCUGACAUGGUAACGGAACGGCGGCUCUCAGCGGCUGGCAGGCAGGGACAGCUGCGGAGAGGCUAGUGCAACUGGCAGGGUCCAUCUCGGAUAGAUGCAGAUGAUGCCAGAGCUAUGACAGGGAUUGCAGUCCUGGCACUGAGGGGUGAUCAGUUAUGGAACAACUACAGGAGGAAGUACCUGAGGUCAGGGAAGAGGAGGAGGAAGAGGAAGAGGCAGUGACAGUGCCCAGCGGAGCCUCGGACCCAAGUUUAGGACCAGACAGCUCGCUGCCCUCGAGCAGCUACACCGACCUUUCGCAGAGCUCCUCUCCCUCCCUGUCAGACCAACUGCAGAUGGGCUGUGAGGAGACGGCCUCGGGGGCACUGAACGUGGAGUGCAGAGUCUGUGGAGACAAAGCCUCGGGCUUCCACUAUGGUGUGCACGCCUGCGAGGGCUGCAAGGGUUUCUUUCGCCGAACAAUCCGCAUGAAGCUGGAAUAUGAGAAGUGUGAGAGAAGCUGCAAGAUUCAGAAGAAAAACCGGAAUAAGUGCCAGUACUGCCGCUUCCAGAAAUGCCUCUCAUUGGGCAUGUCACAUAAUGCGAUCCGCUUUGGCCGCAUGCCGGAGGCAGAGAAGAGGAAGCUGGUAGCAGGGCUGACGGCGAGUGAGAUCAGCUGCCAGAACCCACAGGUGGCUGACCUGAAAGCUUUCUCCAAGCACAUCUACAACGCCUACCUGAAAAACUUCAACAUGACCAAAAAGAAAGCGAGAGGUAUCUUGACCGGGAAAGCCAGCAGCACCCCACAGCCUUUUGUGAUCCAUGACAUGGACACCCUGUGGCAAGCAGAAAAGGGGCUGGUCUGGAAACAGCUGGUGAAUGGGAUCCCCCCCUACAAAGAGAUUGGGGUGCACGUCUUCUACCGCUGCCAGUGCACCACGGUAGAAACUGUGCGGGAGCUCACCGAGUUUGCCAAGAGCAUCCCCAGCUUCAUAGGCCUCUACUUGAAUGACCAAGUGACUCUGCUGAAGUAUGGGGUGCACGAGGCCAUCUUUGCUAUGCUGGCCUCUAUCAUGAAUAAGGAUGGGCUGCUGGUGGCCAAUGGGAAUGGCUUCGUGACCCGCGAGUUCCUGCGUAGCUUGCGCAAGCCCUUCAACGAGAUCAUGGAGCCCAAGUUUGAGUUUGCUGUGAAGUUCAACGCACUGGAGCUGGAUGACAGCGACCUGUCUCUGUUUGUGGCUGCCAUUAUCCUGUGCGGAGACCGUCCCGGCCUGAUGAACGUGAAGCAGGUGGAGGAGAUCCAAGACAACAUCCUCCGAGCACUGGAGUUCCACCUGCAGUCCAACCACCCGGACGCCCAGUACCUCUUCCCCAAGCUGCUGCAGAAGAUGGCUGACCUGCGGCAGCUGGUGACAGAGCACGCCCAGCUGGUGCAGAAGAUCAAGAAGACAGAGACAGAGACCUCCCUGCACCCGCUCCUGCAGGAGAUCUACAAGGACAUGUAUUAAGGACCUCUUAUUUAUGAGAAUGAAGCCAUGGAUUCCAAGCGAGACUCUUUGUACAAAAACAAAGAAAACCUUUCCCCAUGUCUUCCAUUUCUUCUACUGGAAACUCUUUUCUACACGCCUCCAAUGUACGGUACAUAGGACAAGGCGCCGGAAGGUUUUGCAGCCACCUCCUGGUAGCUUGGGACUUCCAUUAACACACUAACGAAUUUACAAAGGCAAAUCAUAAGCUACUGUUUCCAUUACUGUGGGGCCUCCAGAGCAGCUGGGUUGUUUGCAUGGCAUGGACAGGGGGUUCCUGCAGCAGCUUGGGGCUAGUGGGGGCUGCUCUGGUUGUUCAGAGCCCCAAGCGUGGUGUGGUUUCCCUGUGGGCAGCAGCAGCACUUAGGGUGUGUCUUUAUCAUAUUGCACUCUAAAGAUGUAGUCCUGAGCUGUGAAGUUUAGGACAGUGACACAAAAGGAAGUAUUUCUCUUCCCCAAGGAAAAGCUGACAUAUUUGAAGAUGUCUAUGGCUGUCCUAGCAAAGAGCCUUGGUUGCAGCCCCCCUCUCUGUGCUCCCAGUGCCUCCACUUCAGAGGAACCUGUCCCUUAGCACCUCUGUGUCAAAGAGGGGAGGGAAGGGGUUGACUCAAGAAUUCACCUUCGGAGCAGAGGCCGUAAUCCUUCUGCUUCCUCAGGCAGUUCUGUGCAGAUAGGAGUUCUAGAAAGGUCUGCACAGGGCAGGUUUGGGAUGAGGUGGCUGUGCUGGGCUCCCUGCAAGCACCAGAGCAAGCAAAGCCUUCAGCAACACCAGCAUGCGGAAAGUCACAGCCAGCCCACAGAGCCCAGGGUGCUGACAGGGCGUUUGUGGGGCUGUGGGGAGGGAGCACAUCCCAGGCUGGAAGGUUCUGCAGAAGAGAUCUGGUGAUCCACGACUCCAGCAGAGCAGCCUUGGCAUGGGAACAGCAGCACUGAGGAGUACAGGAGAUCGCUGCACCCCAACCUGGUGUUGCUGCCACCAAAGCGUGCGUGGCCUUCACCCCUCUGCUUAUGGCUGUGCCUCAGUUUCCCCCUCCAGGAAAGGAAGCCAGGCUGCCCUUUGCUCAGAGGGGGGAAAUGAAAAUCGAUCAGUGUACUGGUUGCAAAGAGCUUUGCAGCUGUAAAACACAAUAUAAACACCAAGUAUUCAUAAGGGGGAGAGAUGCUCACACCAAGCUGCCAGGGAGGCGUCCCAUGCUCUGCUCCAUCCACACCCUGAGCUUUGGGUUCUGGCCUUCCCCUCCAUGCUGCUGGGCUGGCAAUCCCACACCUGCUGCUGCCCUCUGCCUCCUCAUUGUGCCUCAGUUUCCCCACCCUCACCUCCCAGCCAUACCUCACAGGGCUGUUAAGGAGUUACCAUUUCUAAAGCACUUUGAAGUCCUCUGAGGAAGGCACCAGAGAUGUGUGCUGCUCCCAGCAUGGGGGUCUGUCCCCAAAGCCCCCGCUGGCCCCAGCUCGGUGGCACCCCUAGGGCACAUGGACCCCUGCGUUGGUCACCUGGGGGACUUUUUGCUCUUCCCUUCAGUGUAACAACCCUCAAACUGAAAUGUAUAUUUUUGCUAGAAGUACAAACCUCCAAGUGUUUUUAAUAAUAUAAAUAGUGUCUGCAAACUGACUUGACUUUAAAUAAAUCUGAACUAAAUAUUUAA